AUGAGCAAGAUAUUCAGUCGGUUCAGGUCCACCAAAGUGCUCGUGUUCCCAGGACAGGGCCGAUUUGAUGUCAAUUCGCUAUCUUCUUUGACCAAACACCAAAAUGUGCCUUUGGUGCAGUCGCUGUUGGCCCAGACAGACGAGACGCUGCCUACAUUGCGGUUGUCGGAGUUCAUAACUGAUCCCGCGACUGCGUUGACCCAAAGAGACAUUCAAUUGACGUCUAUCCAGCAGCCGCUGCUGAUACUAACAUCUUACAUUACUUACCAUCUUCUCAGGGCCGUGAAAAAUGAAAAUAUUCUCAACGAUACCGAUUUCUUGCUGGGCCAUUCUGUGGGUGAAAUAUGCGCCUUGGUUGCGCAAGACUCAAUCCCUUUUGUGGCAGGACUCGAAUUGGCAUACAAAAGGGGUAUGCUAAUGGAAAAACUAGUGAAGGAAACAGGGAAGGCUUUUUCAAUGCAGGCAUUGUUAUUUCAACCGACUCACUAUAAGUAUAUUACACAAAUUCUAGAAGAGCUGGACGUACAAGUCAGCAACUACAACAACUACCAGCAGCUUGCCGUUAGUGGGGAGAAAACUGAAUUGAGUCAGAAAAUCGAUCAACUCAAGGCAAGGAUUGCUAAAGCCGGGGUCUGGAAAACACGAGUUCAUAGCAUCGAUCUCGGGGUGAAUAUUCCAUUCCACAACCCAGUUCUGCGACCCAUAGAAAAGGAGUUGGGACAAUUGUUUGAAAAGACAGUUCCCGUAAAACGUGCUUUGGGCGUUCCGAUGGUGUCCAACCUGAAUGGUGAAAUGGUGGCAGAUGUGAAUACACAGGUGAAAAAUAUUGUCCAGGUGACCUCAAAACCAGUGCAGUUCCUUAAAUGUCUUGAAACGUUAAGUUCCUUGGACGAUGAAUUUGAGUUUAUCAGCUUCGGAGACACCACGUCAAAGAUAAUCCAGAAAUACUUCCAGGAUGCUCAAAAACUGAAAAAUCUGCGCGCCAAAUGUUCGACCAGGACGGUCGAUGACCUAUUGAGCGCGUAA